AUGACAUUACAUAACUCGUCACAUUGGUCAGAUGGUUUAUUACCGGUAGUUUAUGGUAUUAAUACAAGAUUAUCAGUUGUUACCAAAACUACUCCAUACCAAGUUAUGUUUGGGCAACCACAUCGUUCCGAUUCAGAUUUUUGGAAACUUGUGAAAGAAAAUGAAGUUAUUGAUGAUUUUAAUGAUGAUAUUAUGGAGGAUAAAAGAGAUGAUUUAAAUGAUUGUGCUGAUAUUAUUCACAAAGAUGUUAUUCAACUUGUUCAACAAUUAUCUGAUAACGCUGCUGCAAGUGCAUUAGUUGGUUCUUCAUCACCACAUUCAUCACCAAUUAAACCGCAAUAA